AUGCAACCUAUUAUUUCCACGAGCUCAGCUGUAUUGGAUGGUCAAGGCAACGACAACGACGACACACAAGGACAUCGUCAGGUGGGUGCUUUUUUAGCCAAAUGUGACCUUCAGCAAUAUUAUUCGACGUUUAUUGAUGAAGGAUUUGAUCAACUGGAAGCGUUAUUCGAGGUGACGGAACUGGACCUUGAGCAGAUGGGUGUAAAGCGCGGUCAUCGACGUCUACUUCAACGUGCCAUCAGCAAUGCUCGAAACGCUCCUCUCAUAUCUUCCUUUGCUAUCAAUACAGUUAUUCCCGAUAAAUCCCAUGAUAUACCUGACGACGAUGAUCACCAUGACGACGACCAUCACCAUCCACGACCCUCUCAACAACAACCUGUGAUUAUGAGCCAUCACGCAUCCAUUAGUUCAGUCUCUGGUGCACAAAGUAGUAGCAUGUCGUCUGCCGAAGAUGAUACGAUUACAAGUGAAAACGUUACUCGAUGUUGGAAAAGAAAAUACGAGCGACAUCCUACUCCAGACAAGAAUGCGCCUAUCAAGCCACCUUCUGCUUAUGUCAUGUUUUGCAACUAUCUUCGAGCCGAGCUCAAGAAUGAAAACUUGUCAUUUCCUGCAUUUGCAAAGAUCGCCGGCGUGCGCUGGAAAUCUCUUGAUACCCCUGAGAAACAAGUGUAUGAAAGACAAGCACAGCAGGCAAAGGAUGAAUACAAAGCGGCCUUGGCACAAUACAAAAACACACAAGAAUACAGGCAAUAUGAGCAGUACCUGAAUGAUUUUAGGGAGAAACAUGAAACAGCGGCACGUUCUGUAGGUAAACCACAUAAACGAUCCAGACGAAAACGACGUAGAUCAGAUUCUCCAUCAUCCACAGUAGCUCCACCAGCACCAGCACCACCCCCCACACCACCUGCUCGAACGGGGUAUCCCUAUUGGCUUCUCAAUGAUCCUUAUCCUACUUGCAAUGUGCCGUCAUCAUCCUCAUCAUCCUUCAAUGAUAGUACAAAGUGA